AUGUCUUUAUUUGGGCCUGUUGUAAGGUUAUCUGUAUUGCGUACUUUCAGACAAGCUGUCUUUUUUUCGUCUAUUUCUACAUUAUUUGAUAAAUACCCUGAAAAGUCGCGAUUGAUAGCCAAAGAUAAACUUAAGAGACGAGGGUUUCCUUCUACUCUAAGCACUACUGCAUCCGGUUUCGAUCUGAGAGACUUACAGUUAUUAAGAGUGACCUUUCAACCAACCCCAUUCAAAAGCAACGUCCUUCCUGAUGUAGAUGACAUUGGCUUUCCGGAGGAAUACAUUCUUCCAAAUAUCAGUGAGAAGGAACUCUUAAACAAAAAAUUUGAAAUCGAAGACUUUAAAGAAAUUUCAGACGAUCAGGUCCAAACAUUCUUAAUUGACCUACACGAAAUUGUCAAGAAUGUACAUUCCAAUGAAGGUAUGGAGGAAGCUGAAACAGAUACGUUGGUGAACAAUCUACUAGUUCAAAUUGUUGGCCUGCAUCGCUAUCCAUUGAGAGUUAGAUUAUAUAUCGCACGCGAAGUUUACAUGACAGCAAAACCUGAAUUCGAUAAGCAUAUAAAAAGUAAAAACCUUAUCCCUACAAAAUGUUAUGGUGAGGCGCAAUUGGCCGCAGAAAUGCUUGCAUGUGGGAACGAAAACAUGCUUCGUAUUGCAUCUCAAACUGGAGCAAUUCUGGAUCAAACUAUAUUUGCCGUCAGGGCUGUUUCUACAUAUUUUACAUUCUACAAGACUGUAAUCCCUAAAGGAUACUGGAAGGAACUUGGUUAUGGAUUGCCACGUAAGGGGUCAAUUAUAAUUAAAAGAUGGCCAGAAGAGAUGCAUCCAUCAGGUGGUCUGGAUAUCGCGGAACCAAGUGGAAGGCAAAAUGUAUUGGAAGCAUUUUUCAAAAUGCGUAAACAGCUUUUGCAAUAA